UUGUAUUCCCGCCCUCCAGCGAGUGGUACGUUCCGCGGGGUGGCGGAAGUCUCGCUCUGCCAUGUUGAGCGCUUUGUUUCUGUGAGUGAGACGCGAUGAUGGAGCAGAGCUGGAGCUCUUUCUUAUUCCAGCAGGCUAAUGAAGCCCUUCACCACCAGCACCAGGUGGCCCCAAACAGCCUGCUGCCCCUGCUGAACUCUGAGCCGCAGGACCAGAAGCCUGUGAUGCCCAUUCCUCUGGACCACAAGCCCCCCGUCAGCGCCGCUGAGCUCCUCAAGGACAACGUAGCCAGCGGGACGGGGGGAGGAGGGGGUGGCAAUGCCGGAGGAGGUGGUCCAAUGCCCGUGAUCAAGAAAGAGCACAAGAGCAAGACGCCAUUCAUCUGCGGCUACUGCAACAAGGCCUUCCGCGACAGCUACCACCUCCGCCGGCAUGAGUCCUGCCACACCGGCAUCAAAAUGGUGUCCAGACCCAAAAAGACGGCGCAAGCGGCACCGACCAUGGUCCCGCUCAUCUCCACUAUGCCCCGUGAGACCACGGGCGACCCUGCCUACAUUUCAACCAUCGCUGGCAUCUUUUCCACGGCGACCACUUCCACAUCCUCUGCCUCUACUGUCAUGUCCCCGACGUCCAUGUCCAACGUGACCCAACACAGUGCCCCCAAAAAGCCACCCAAGCCCGUAAAGAAGAACCACGGCUGUGAAAUGUGCGGGAAAGCCUUCCGGGACGUUUACCAUCUGAACCGGCACAAGCUGUCACACUCGGACGAAAAACCGUUCGAGUGUCCUAUAUGCCAACAGCGCUUCAAGAGGAAAGAUCGCAUGACGUACCACGUGCGUUCACAUGACGGAGGCGUCCACAAACCCUACGUCUGUUCUGUGUGCGGAAAGGGAUUCUCGAGGCCUGACCAUCUCAGCUGCCAUGUGAAGCAUGUUCAUUCCUCGGAGAGACCUUUCAAAUGCCAAGUAACGGCCUGUACAUCAGCCUUUGCCACCAAAGACAGACUUCGGUCGCAUAUGAUUCGGCACGAAGGGAAAGUCACUUGUAACGUGUGCGGAAAGAUGCUGAGCGCCGCCUACAUCACCAGCCACUUAAAAACACAUGGCCAGAGCAACUUCAGCAAUGCCUGUAACAAAGGAGAUUGGCAGUGGAACCACUCAGGGCUCCGAAAAGACAAUACUGAAGUCUGCAACUCUGCCUCCACUACACCGGUCUCAGCCACAGCCCCAAUCACCUCUGCAAUGAACCGCGGCAACACCAGCAACCCUGUUACAAUAGCAGCCCAGAUGAACAUCUCUACCAACACGGUCAACAUCACGUCUCCCGUCAGCCUGCAGCACCCGGUUACCAUCACCGGCCCUGUGAACAUCGCAUCCGUCAACAUCCCAGCCACAGCGCCCAUGAACAUCGCCCAUCCGGUGGCCAUCACCACUCCCAUGCCCAUGCCCAUGAACAUCGGCGCCCCGCUCAACAUUGCCAUGAGACCUAUGGACACUAUGCCCUUCCUGUCCCAAGUCUUGCCAUCUUCUCACUGGUAGAACCGGGGGCGCUGACCAGCAUUUUUGCCCUGACUGCUGUGCUUCUGACGUCUGAGUGGCGCGAACAAACCCAUCUACAUUGCAACACUAGCAGAAGAUUUGCACGGAUUUCCAACUCUCUCUGGCCUUCGAGUAUGUUUGCGUUUUCGCACCUGGUGAGCAGCUCUGUAGCGGGGCAUUUCCCAAGCUCCUCUGAGCACUUCAAUCCCCAACGACAGACGUUUUUAAGGACAAAUGCAAUAAUUGAUGUGCAUUUCGAACACUUUUUUUUUUAAUAAGCAGAGUGCCGGUGGGUUCUUCAAUGAUGUUGAAGUGUAACCUGCUAAUCAGUAUUUAAGGAAAUUUGAUUGAAAUGGACUGUUGCUUCCAUUGGGAGGGAGGAUUUUUAAAAUAUCUUUUGCAUUAUUUCGAUUUUGCGCAGGGGUGUGAGUGUGUGCGUGCGUGCGGUUUUUUUUUUUUUUUGUGUGUGACAACUCUGAAGAGGUACCGUAGAGAACUUUUUUUUAAUUAAUGGUGUUCGUCAUGACACUGUUUGCUUCCUUUUAGUUUUUAUGAGGGGAGGGCAGCUUCGUUCUCUUAUAGUUUACGUGGCCAUUAUUAGCUGUCGCAUGUUUUUUUUAUUCUUUUUUUAAUUUUUUUUAUUGCAUACAGAAGAAAGCGUUUGGAGUAAGGAAAGAGAGUCUUGCACUGAAAGCAUAUCCCUAGUCUAAAGAGGCAGUAUUAUCUAAAUAUGAAUAUCAAGAUGUGUCCCAAAUGGUGCACUUGAUGUAGUUGCUACUAUCCCAUGGUCUUUGUUUGUGCGGAUCUACAAAGUCCAUGAAGAUGUAGAGUAUCCAAAUUGUCAUUUUAUUAUUGAGAAAGGUGCUCAAGAGCGCACCGACUUCACAGCAGACUACUACUCCACAGUCUGUGCAGCAUUUCUUCACCAAAGUGUGGACUCAGAAGAGGACCAUAAGGGCCAAGUGUGUCAUUUGGGAUAGGGUUUAUGAGCUGUUGGUAACCAGCUCAUAUCUAACAGGGCCAUCUAUUGGUUGGAGUACCGCGCUGACACCCUUUAAAGUUUUAAUUUGGACUUUUGCCUGUUAAAAGUAUUUUAUAACCUUGUUUUUUGUAUUUUUAUAUGAUGUUUGUAAGAUCCCUGUUCUAAAAACAUGUUCUACAAAGGAAAUGGGGCUGAGAAUAGGAAAUGAACAUGAAUAAUUCCAGGAAAAUGCCUUGGAAUUAUUCAUGUUUGUUUGUAAAUAUAUUUCACUUUGAUUUUUUUUUUUUUUUUUUUUUUGUUAGUUUGUUUUAAGGUUUUAAUUUUUAUUUAUUUUCUUUAGUUUUUUUGCUUGUUUUUUUAUGUUUUUGUAAGUUUUCUGUUUUGUGUUCAUUUUCGUUUUUUGUUUAUGUUUUAGGUUUGUUUUGUUUUAUGGUUAUUUUAUGUGUUAUUUCAACAGCAGCACCAUCCUGCUCAUUUUAUUUGGCUCCAGUAGUUUGGACUCUGUAGAUGAUAGUAUUUUCCUGUAGCUAAAGCCCAGAAGCACCAUUUAACAUAAAAGCACGUCUUCGGUCUGAAAUAAUGGAGAAUGUUUACAGACUCGCCAAAUUUCUACACUGUGUGCUGGUCUGUGUGGACUGAAGAGUUGAAUCAUUUUGUGUUAAUAAAACACAACAGUAUAAGUAGGAAGAGUGAGCUGUCACUCACUACACAGAUCUGCCACCAAUGUGAGGGAAUUUAGGUACAUUAUGUCGGCAACUUCCUCUACAUGCUUCCUGUGGAUGGAGCAGAUGCCAGAGAGAAGAGACUGCUGUAGUGAAAACACUAAUUAUUUGACUUGUAUGCAAUUUUUUGUGGAUAGUUUUCCCGCCACAGCCUGUGAUGUGACGAUCUGGAGUGUCUGAAUGGAUGCCGUCCACCCCAGCACUGAGUCUCAGGAAGGGGAUGCUUUUUCCUGAUCAGACACAAUGAAUCCCUGAUCCGUGUGUGUUUGUGAACGUGUGUGAGGCAUUUGAUUCUCCUAUCACACUAGAACAAAAGCAUGUUUCCAUAGUUUAGUUUGUGGGAGAGUGAGAAUGCACGUUUAUGCAUUUCAUGGUAGAUGCAUUACAAUUGCCUCUUUUAUUUGCCAAAUUGAAACCAAUUAUGAAAUCCAAUGAAGUGAACAUUUUCGAAUUGAGUCUAAUGGUGUUUGUUUUGAUUCAGUUGAUGAACUGGAUGAUUUUUGGAGCCCCUGUGAAAGCAGUUGAAUGUAUAUGUUUGUACAGAAGUGUUUAGCUCAGAAGAUCUUAGAGUACAGAUAGACAAUGUGAGCAAAGAAAAGCAAAAUAACCUUUUAUAAAACUUUUGUAUUAGUACAUUAACAAUGGUAAUUUUGUAUAUAUGAAGACUAGGCUUUCUGAGUAGCAGGAAGAAAAACAUUCCUACAUUUUUUUUAAAUGUAAGUUUGUCAGAAAUAAUUAUGUAAACAUGCGCAAUGUUUAUGUGCCUUUUAUUUGGGUUGUCUAAAUAAAAAAAAAA